AUGUCGCCGAAAUACAAGGAGUCAACGGAUAUUGCCUGUAUGUAAGUUCUAUAAAGAGAAACUAACUGCUGACAAAAAUGCGGAAAAUAAAUUCAAGGACAACUUUUCCUGCAUAUUUGGAAUAAUUCAGAUGUUCCACCACCGUGGUUAUGCUCUGUUCCUGUGCACUACUUUGUCGCACAAAAACAACGUCGUCGGUCACGUUCACUCAGCUGUUCCCCUCACGUCGCAGAGGCAGGAAAGGAAUUCAUUUCAAAAAUAUUUUAUUAAUAAUUUCACGUUUGUUCUGACGUUAUGACCCUGCAGACUUCCCAUUAAGCUGCUUCAAGCCAGUGGCAACAUGAGGCCCCUCAAAGAUGCCCAGCUGGGAGCUUUCACCUUCUUUGCCUCAGCUCUCCCUCAUGAUGUCUGUGGGAGCAAUGGCCUCCCUCUUACCCCCAACUCUAUCAAGAUCCUUGGACGUUUCCAGAUCCUCAAGACCGUCACUCACCCCAGACUCUGCCAAUAUGUGGACAUCACCAGAGGGAAACACGAACGGCUGAUCGUUGUUGCUGAACACUAUGAAAGCUGUUUAAGUGAUUUCCAAAAACAGGGGAAAACAGUCAGCCCAGAGAAGGUGCUGAAGAUAGCCUAUGAGGUCCUUGAAGGUCUGGAGUUUAUGAACAAACAUGGUAUGGUGCACAGAGCCCUCAGUGCACACAAUGUGCUCAUGGACUGCAAGGCAAAUGUCAAGCUGGCAAAGUUUGGCCUUUAUCACAUGACUGAUCAUGGGGCUGAUGUAGAUUUUCCCAUUGGGUACCCAUCAUACCUUGCUCCAGAGGUGAUCGCUCAGGGCUCCUUUCACCCCAGUGACUCUUCCCAUGAUGAAGCUCCUCUGCCCUCAGGACCCAAGACUGAUGUCUGGUCUCUUGGGGUUUUGCUCUUUGAAUUGUGUGCAGGUAGACGACUGCUGCAGAAUAUUGAUAUAAGCGAGAGACUGAAAUUCAUUCUAACUUUGGGUUGCAUAGACGACAUUGUCACUGUCCUUGCUGAGGAACAUGGUUGCUUGGAUGCCAUUAAGGAGCUGCCUGAGAAUGUUCUCAAGUUAUUAAGGAAAUGCUUGACUUUUCUUCCAUCCAAAAGGCCGACCCCUGCAGAGCUGCUGGGAGACCCUGUGUUUAAUGGCGUCUCCUGCCUCUACACGCCCUUCCAGAAGCCUGGUAGCCUGUUCUCUUCUUCCCUGCGCUGUGCACAUCUGGAGCUCCCAGAAGACAUCAGUGACCUUUGCAAAGACGAUGAUGAAGACUACCUGUCAGAGCGGGCCAUAGAUGAGGUGUACCAUCUGUGGUGUCUGGCGGGGGGAGACCUGGAGAAAGAGCUGACCAACAAGGAGAUCAUACAGUCCAAACCUCCAAUCUGCACCCUGCCUAAUUUUGUCAUGGAAGACGGGGAAUCAUUUGGCCAGGGAAGGGAUCGGAGUUUCUUGCUUGACGACACCACAGUGACACUGUCUCUGUGCCAACUCAGAAAUAGACUCAAGGAUGUAGCAGGAGAAGCCUAUUACCCUCUACUGGAAGACGAACAGUCAAGUUUGCCCCAGUCCAACAGCAGCAAUGAGCUGUCGGCCACCGUCACGCUGCCGCUCAUCAUCCGCGAGAGAGACACCGAGUACCAACUCAUCCGCAUCAUCCUUUUUGACAGGCUGCUCAAGGCCUAUCCUUACAAGAAGAACCUAGUGUGGAAAGAGGCCAGAGUGGAUAUUCCCCCUCUUAUUCGAGGCCUGGCGUGGGCAGCACUGCUGGGCAUUGAGGGAGACAUUCAAGCCAAAUACGAGAGCAUUGACAAAGAUACUCCUAUACCAACUGACAGACAGAUUGAGGUGGACAUCCCACGCUGCCACCAGUACGAUGAGCUGUUGUCAUCUCCUCAGGGCCACAUCAAGUUCAGACGUGUGUUGAAAGCCUGGGUGGUCUCCCACCCUGACCUGGUCUACUGGCAGGGUUUGGAUUCACUUUGUGCCCCAUUCCUCUACUUGAAUUUCAAUAAUGAAGCCCUGGCAUAUGCCUGCAUGUCUGCCUUCAUCCCCAAAUACUUGUACAACUUUUUCCUGAAGGACAACUCUCAUGUGAUUCAAGAGUAUUUGACUGUCUUCUCCCAAAUGAUUGCCUUCCAUGACCCAGAGCUAAGCAACCAUCUAAAUGAGAUUGGCUUCAUCCCAGACCUUUAUGCUAUUCCAUGGUUCCUGACCAUGUUUACACAUGUGUUUCCACUGCACAAGAUCUUCCACCUGUGGGACACGCUACUGCUGGGUAACUCCUCUUUCCCCUUCUGUAUCGGCGUUGCCAUAUUGCAGCAGCUCAGGGAUCGUCUCCUGGCUAAUGGCUUCAAUGAAUGCAUCCUACUCUUCUCUGACCUGCCAGAAAUUGACAUUGAGCGCUGCGUUCGUGAAUCCAUCAACCUCUUCUGCUGGACUCCCAAGAGUGCUACAUACCGACAACAUGCUCAGCCACCAAAGGCCUCUGGUGACAAUGGCUUUGGGAAAACAGCAACAUACUACUCGUCUGACUACCAGGACAUGCCCAAGACAGACCUGUCUCGGGAGCCUCUAGCGCUGUGUGACCUGAAAGCAGAAGUAUCCCCUAGGAUCUCGGCAGAGGACUUGAUCGACCUCUGUGAGCUGUCGUUGGCCGGGCCCACCAAAAGGACCAAAGCCGGGAAGCCCAAAAUCAUUGCCGUGGACAUCCGCAAUGUAGAGGACUUCAGCAGAGGCCAUAUUUCUGGCAGCAUCAACAUUCCCUUCAGCGCAGCGUUCAAUCCUGACGGUGAGCUGGUGCAGUGUCCUGCAACAGGAAUCCUCCAGAACUACAGAGGACGUGUCAUUGUGGUCAUUAGCCAUGCCAUGAAGAGCGCUGCCAUGUUUGCGACACACCUGGUCAAGGUAAAUUUCCCACGGGUUUGUAUCCUGGAUGGAGGGAUCAACAAGCUGAAGCCCACCGGCCUCCUGACUGUACCCUCCCCACAGAUCUGACCCCGUACCUCAGCUUCACAUUAACAAAAGGGAUGAAUGUAAAGACUGUAUAGUGUGUUUUGAGCUGAAAAAAAAAAACAAUGUAAUAUUUUAGACAUUUUUUUACACAUUCUAAUUAAACUAGGCAAAAUGAAAAUGCAUUGCAAUAAUCUCCUUCUGAACCCAGUUUUGAUUUAAUCACCAAAUAGGGCAUUGACAUUGACAUGUUGUAUUAUUUUCUCUCUCAAAACUAGAAUGAUUGAAUCAAUUUUUAUUUUUCUGGAACAACUGCUAUGUGUUGUAGUGGCUUUGCACUGAUAAAUUGAGCUGUCUGUGACCCAUAUAAAUAACUUGAUGUAUGUCAGCCUGUCUGUUCUGAGCCUGUUGAUCUAAGGAACUCAGUGGCGCUUUAUUAGCUACAUCUGCAUGAUCCAAUGCAAUCCAGUACAAUUGCUCUGCCACUUUCAUGAUGUCUGGCAUGUUCCAUUUUUUUUUGGCACUGUCAGAGAGAUGUUAAUUCAAUGAUAUGUUUUUGCCUUGACAUGGUGAUAGUACAGUAUCGGUGGUGUUGUACCCAACUGCAUUAUAUUCAGAGUUAUCUCCCUCAUGUAUGUAAAUAAGGAGAACAAAUUAUAGGCACCACCUUUAACUAUGAGCUCAGUAAUAAACAUAUCAUUUAAUUACACAUUUGCAGCAUUGCAACCAAACGGACCAUUAGAAAUUUAAUAAAGGUAGAAUUUAUGGCUGUUGUGUUGAAUUAGAAUUGAAUAGAUUGUACAGGUGCACCAAAUAAAGUGGCCACAGAGUGUGUGUGUGUGUGUGUGUGUGUGUGUGUGUGUGUGUGUGUGUGUGUGUGUGUGUGUGUGUGUGUGUGUGUGUGUGUGUGUGUGUGUGUGUGUGUGUGUGUGUGCGCGUGCGUGUGGGGGGGGGGGUGAGAAACAAUAAAAUGAAUAAUGAUUUGUGCAUUUGGUGAUUUCUUAAGUAGUAUUUGCAUUUACCUUGUUUACAUGAAUUGUCUCUGCUAUAUACUCUGUACUGUGUGUAAUUGUCAUGUUAUAGAAAUUGAUUACUUUAAUGUUACAGUUUUUAAUAAAACUUUCUGAUGAAUCUGGAUCAAA